AUGAGGAGACCAACCCUUCAUGGUAACGAGUUUGUCUCAGCAGAGCGCAUACUACAAGCAGCUCUAGAAGAUGGACCCAUAGGAUUCAUGCUGUUAGAGGAGCCACCAUCAUCACUCCCAGCCUUUGGUUUUGUACCUACAGGUGCAGACAAAGGAGUCGAGAUGGAGGUGGAGGUAGAUAAGGUGGUGACGGCUGCAGACAUACCAAAGCCAUACCAACACCUGCGAGAUGUGUUUGAUGAGGUGGAAGCAGACAAGCUGCCCCAUCAUACCGAGCAUGAUCUCCACCUCGAGUUGAUAGAAGGAGGGAAGCCACCUCAAGGGCCCCUAUACCUUAAGGGACCCAAGGAGAUGUCCGAGUUAAGGAGGUACUUGGAUGAGAACCUCAAGAAGGGGUUCAUAAGACCAUCGAAGAGCCCGGCACAAUCACCAGUGCUCUUCAUACCAAAGAAGGAUGGAGGCCUCAGACUCUGUGUGGACUACAGAGGUCUCAACGAGAUCACUGUCAAGAACAGGGCACCAUUGCCCCUCAUCGAGGAGCAGCUGUUCUUACUCAGGAAGGCAAGGAUCUAUACCAAGCUAGACCUUAGAGCAGCAUACAACCUCAUCCGGAUUGCUAAAGGAGAUGAAUGGAAGACAGCUUUUGGCACUCAGUUGGGACUCUAUGAGUACUUAGUGAUGCCCUUUGGCCUAGCCAAUGCUCCAGCUCACUUCCAGUCGUUCAUCAAUGACAUCUUCCAAGACAUCAUUGGAGUAUAUGUAGUGGUAUACUUAGAUGACUUCCUGAUCUUCAGUGACACUGAGGAGGUACAUGUGAAGCAUGUCACCGAGGUCCUCACUCGCUUAAGGAGCAACAGGCUCUUUGCUAAGCUGUCGAAGUGUGAGUUCCACACCAAGACAGUCGAGCUCCUGGGGUACAUCAUCAAGCCAACGGGCAUAGAGAUGGACCCAGAAAAGGUGCGCACUGUCAAGGAGUGGCCAAUGCCAGAGUUCAUAGCCCACUUUGCUCGCAUAGCCAAGCCCUUGACAGCACUGGUAAAGCCUAUAGAAUGGUUCAAGAAGUUCGAACUACCAGAGGAGGCCCAACAGGCCUUCCACAAGCUCAUCCAGGCCUUCACAUCAGCAGGAGUGCUUCAGCACUUCAACUACCACCUUCCAACAAGGUUGGAGACUGAUGCAAGUGACUUUGCUAUAGCAGGAGUACUCAAGCAGGAGCAUGAAGGACGAUGGCAUCCAGUGGCUUUCUACUCUAGGAAGAUGUCUUCUGCUGAGAAGAACUAUGAGAUCCAUGACAAGGAGCUCCUAGCUGUGAGACGCAUCACAGGUCAACAGGCUCGAUGGGCAAUACUACUAGCAGACUUCGACUUCAUAUUGCAGUAUCGACCAGGAGACAAAGGUGGUGAACCCGAUGCUCUCACCAGAAGGACAGACAUGCAACCAGCUGGUGAAGAGCAGGAUCACAAUGAGACAGCAGACCAUGACUCGACCCUAGUGGCCCCUAUGCUCUCGAUGGAGUCCAUAACAUCAAAAGGUCUCAAAGACCUGGUCAAGAUCUUCCAGCCCUUAGACCAAGAGCUACAGGAGAUACAUAGGAAGAAGCCCUUCGAACUCAAGGACGACCUAUGGUACAGUGGAGGAAGGUUGGUUAUCCCCAAAGUGAUCAUGCCAGGGAGGACCAACAACCGACACUCGAGGAGUGCCAAAGAGGUAGAUGGACAGUCUCUCUCUGUAGAGCAUCUGCGAUUCAUGGUGAUGACCCAAUGCCAUGAUGGUAUUACUGCUGGACAUGUAGGAAGAGAUGCUACCAUCAAGGCAGCUCAACGACAUUACUGGUGGCCAAACAUGACAGCUUGGAUUGCAGACUAUGUAGCAAGUUGUCCUGUAUGUGCUAGGUACAAAGCUCCUCGUCAUCGUCCAUAUGGUUUGCUACAGCCACUAGCAACACCAGACAGGCCCUGGGGCUCCAUAUCCCUCGACUUCAUUGAAGGACUACCACCAUCGAAGAAGUAUGACUCCAAGACCUAUGACUCUAUCUUAGUCAUUGUUGACAGGUUAACCAAGUUUGCCAUACUAGCUCCAACCCAUAAGACAGUCAUGGCCAAACAGACUGCAGUGUUGCUAUAUGGACACAUGGUUAGACUCUUCAGAUACCCAGAUCACAUGGUCUCAGACCGAGGCAGGCAGUUCAUAUCAGGAGCAUGGAAGGGAUUUGCAGAGCAAAUGGGUGUGAAGCACUCACUUAGCAUGGCUUACCAUCCUCAAACCGAUGGUCAGACAGAGAGGGUCAAUCAAGUCAUCGAGCAGUACCUAAGGAUGUACUGCAACUAUGAGCAGAAUGACUGGGCCAACCUGCUGGACACUGCAGCCUUUGUAUACAACAACAUGGUCCACAACAGCAUUGGUGUCUCACCAUUCUUUGCAUGCUAUGGAUGGAACCCCAAAGCUCAUCCUGACAUCCCUCAACAACUAGGAGUCAAUGAUCCAGGUCGCUUCGAGUACCUCAUGGAUGGAAAGGAGCAUUGCAAGUACCUCCAGGAGCAGAUCAGAGAGGCACAAUGUAGAUCAGUAGACCAGUAUAACAGGAAGCACAAGGACAUCGAGUUUAAGGUGGGUGAUAUGGUCUAUAUCAACCGUCGAAACUGGAAGACAAGGAGACCCACACCCAAGUUAGAUACCUGGUUUGCAGGACCCUACCCAGUUCAGGAAAGGGUAGGACGCCGAGCUUAUCGAAUCACAUUGCCAGCAAACCUUAGGGUGCAUGAUGUGUUCCAUGUCUCCAUGCUCGAGCCAGCAAGAACAAGUUCUCUUCCUCAACAUGCUGAACAGCCCACCAUACCAUCACUUCCAGAUGAGGACCUCGACUUCGAAGUCGAAGCACUCAUCAACAAGCGUUCACACAAUGGGACUACAGAGUACAAGGUGUUGUGGAGAGGGUACUCAGAAGAAGCUGCUUCAUGGGAACCAGUAGAGAACCUCAACUGUCCCGACCUCAUCCAGGAGUAUGAGGUGUCGGAGGGGGGACGAGUGAGUAGACAAAGUAGAGAACAGGAGGAGUAG